CAAUAACUAGUCAUUCUCUUUUUCACCUUAAAAACCACUCGUUUUCCCUGGGUAUACAUACGCUCGUUUGCUUAUCUCCAAAGCUAACCGUUGUUCCUCUCAAGCAAAGGUGAGAAAGAGGCGGGCAAACAAAUGGCUCCCAAGAACUUGACGUUCAAGAUAAUCCUGGGUUCGUCCUCCAUGGCACGUCGAAAAAUUCUAGUUGACAUGGGUUAUGAAUUUACACUUAUGACUGCUGACAUUGAUGAAAAGAGCAUUAGGAAGGAUAAUGCAGAGGAAUUAGUGGUAGCUCUAGCUGAGGCAAAGGCAGAUGCUAUUAUGUCAAGGCUCAAAACAACUGAUCACUUGAAGGAAAAUACACAUCCCACUCUGUUAAUUACUGCAGACACAAAUGGAUCUUUUUGGCUAUAUCUUACCUACAUCUAUUGGUAUCGAGGUGGCGGUAUACCAAGGAAUUAUCAGAGAAAAGCCAUCAAGCUAUUCUGGUGGUCAAGCCACGGUUGUGGGAUCUGUUGUUGUGACCAACCUGACAAAGGGGAUAAGAAAAGGAGCUUGGGAAAGGUCAGAGGAUUGACAGAUGAAGCUACUGUAUUUUGGUGGAAUAAGAGCCAAGGAGCUGCUCUAAGAAGAGCAAGUGUCAGAUAUUCUUUUUAAAAAUUUAAAGCAUAUUAACUGCCAAAAGCUUGAAAGAUACUUGAUGAGUUGAUGGGCUGAAUUAGACAUCCAUAUUGUGCCAAGUCUUGCUCAAUAUUGUUAACUCUGGUCACAACAGCAAGGGAAUCACUUCCCUACUGACAUCUUUACAAUCCAGGUCCCUAAUAAGGAGAAUACUUUUUGAAAUUGCCUAGGUCUCUAGAUUUCCAUCUCCGCUAGACUUUGACAUAGAGAACUGUUUCUGCUAUGACCCCACCAUCAGGAUUUUUGAACCAUCUUAAUGUUAUCAAGUAUGAUCAGUAUGGCUGUUGUUACAGUUGUACUGCUCAACCUCUGUCAAUCUGGGGGGUUGCAGAAAUCCAUUAUUUCAGACUAUGAAGGCAGGAAAGUGUGAACGCCGAUGAAAACUGGUGUAUUAAAGCUUUAUGUGAAGGGGGAAAAGAGGGUGAAUGUUGAUGGAAUCUGGUUUAUUACAGCCCAUCUAUAUUACUCUCUCCACCGAUGAAUCUGUUUGCCGAGACAUCCUUUUACUGACCUGUCCAGUUUAUGAGGAUGCCAGGAUGCUUCCUUUUUUUAUUUGCUUAUUGGAAUACCAAUACAAUCGCGUCACAGCUCCCAGCUUAUCAGUUAGCUAGUUUUAUCUUCUACAAGCCCUCCUUUUGUUACUGUUAUGAAUUUUUUCUUUCUUGAUUGUGUGAUGCAAACCUUCUUGCUGACUUUUUUGGACAUGAUGUGAUUCUUCAACAUGGAGUAUACUGUUCUGCUG